ACAGGCAGCAAAAUGUUGAACAAAGGAAUAGUACUUCCAGUGUACAUCACCACAUUCAUCUUUGGGCUUCCAGCCAACGUUGUGGCGCUCUACGCCUUCAUCAAGAAGGUGCGACAGGGUGCAACUCCCGUUGACGUCCUGCUGAUCGGACUCACCAUCUCCGACCUUCUCUUCCUGAUCUUCCUUCCCUUCUGGAUGAAAGCCGUUGCUGACGACAUGGAGUGGAAAAUGGCUCACUUCCUGUGCCCUCUGUCAGGCCUCAUCUUCUAUGGUACCAUCUACAACAGCAGUCUGUUUCUUACCGCCAUAAGUGUCGAGCGUUACCUCGGCGUCGCCUUUCCCGUCAAAUAUGAACUGAACAGAAAGCCUUGCUAUGCUGUAGUGGGUAGCAUCAUCAUCUGGAUCAUCUCCAUGGCAGAGUGCAGCAUUGUGUACAUCAUGCAGUACUAUGACGACCAUCACCAUGUCCACGAACACGACCACAACACCACCACAGAAGACUGCACAAAAUGCUAUGAUGACUUCAAUGAGGGUCAGCUAAAAAUACUUCUGCCAUUUCGCUUACAGCUGUUCUUCCUGGUCUUCUGUGUGCCUCUCCUUAUCUGUUGCUUCUGCUACAUCAACUUUAUCCGUAUCCUCUCCCGCCUGCCCAAAAUUUGCCCCAAACGGCGUCGCAGAGCCAUUGGUCUGGCCCUCGGCACCUUGGUGAUCUUUGUUGUCUGCUUUGGACCUUACAACAUGUCUCACCUGGUGGGCUAUGUCACAAAGAAGAAUCCUGAGUGGCGCAACUACGCCGUGCUCACCAGCACCUUCAACACCUGCCUGGACCCCUUCAUCUACUACUUCUCCUCGUCCGCGCUCAGGGCCACCUUCAGGGGCAUGUUCGGCCGGCUGUCGGCACGUGUGUCCAGACGUGAGUAUGAGGGCACUGCCACGCAGCCUUCAAGGGAGCUAGAGGAGGUUACUCGCACACAGAGCACCAAUGAUAACCUGGGCUAA